UCGGCCUCCGGUCCGGUUGUCGGUGGGUCCGGGGGGCCGGGGGAGCAGCGGCAGGCGGAGCAGCCCGUCGGAGAGGCGCGCGUCGGGAGGAGCAGCCGGGCCAGCCAAUCGGCGGCGGGAGGAGGCGGGGCGGACCCGCCGGGCCAGCCAAUCGGCGCCGGUAGGAGGUGGGGAGCGCCAGCCGGGCCAGCCAAUCAGCGACGGGGACAGGCGGGCGGAGCAGCGGCGACGGCCGAUCGGCGUCGAAAGGGGGCGAGGAGGAGCAGCCGGGCCGGCCAAUCAGCGUCGGGAGGAGCAGCUGGGUCGGCCAAUCAGCGCCGGGAGGAGGCGGGGAGGAGCAGCUGGGUCGGCCAAUCAGCGUCUGAAGGAGGCGGGGCGGUGCAGUUGGGCCGGCCAAUCAGCGUCGGACGACGAGGUUAUGCGUCUCGAUGAACACGCGGAAACGCUACGGAUCUAAGAACACGGAUCAGGGAGUGUACCUCGGUCUGUCCAAGACGCAGGUCGUGCCCCCCGCAGCGCCCGGAGGCAGCGGCGCCGCCCCCCCCGCGCCCCCCGCCGCGGCCCCGGCCCCGGCCCCUCGCCCGCCGGACACCAUGUCCUGCCGAGACCGGACCCCGGAGUUCCUCUCCGCCUGUAAAUCCCUGCAGAGCCGGCAGAACGGGCUGCAGACCAGUCGACCGGCCCUGAGCGCCGUCCGGCAGCGCAGCGAAUUCACCCUCAUGGCCAAGCACAUCGGGAAGGACCUAAGCAAUACCUUCGCCAAGCUGGAAAAGCUGACGAUCCUGGCGAAGCGCAGGUCCCUGUUUGAUGACAAAGCGGUGGAGAUUGAAGAGCUCACUUACAUCAUCAAACAGGACAUCAACAGCCUCAACAAGCAGAUCGCCCAGCUGCAGGACUUCGUGAGAGCCAAGGGGAGCCAGAGCGGCCGCCACCUGCAGACCCACUCCAACACCAUCGUGGUCUCCUUGCAGUCCAAACUGGCGUCCAUGUCCAACGACUUCAAGUCGGUGCUGGAAGUGAGGACAGAGAACCUGAAGCAGCAGAGAAGCCGCAGGGAGCAGUUCUCCCGGGCCCCGGUGUCGGCCCUUCCCCUCGCUCCCAACCACUUGGGUGGCGGGGCCGCGGUGCUGGGGGCGGAGCCCCGGGCCCCCGGAGACGUGGCCAUCGACAUGAUGGACUCGCGGACCAGUCAGCAGUUGCAGCUCAUCGACGACCGGGAUUCCUACAUCCAGAGCCGGGCUGACACCAUGCAGAACAUCGAGUCCACGAUCGUGGAGCUGGGCUCCAUUUUCCAGCAGCUCGCACACAUGGUCAAGGAGCAGGAAGAAACCAUUCAGAGGAUCGACGAGAACGUCCUGGGCGCCCAGCUGGACGUGGAAGCGGCGCACUCGGAGAUCCUCAAAUACUUCCAGUCGGUGACCUCCAAUCGCUGGCUCAUGAUCAAGAUCUUCCUCAUCCUCGUUGUCUUCUUCAUCAUCUUCGUGGUCUUCCUCGCCUGAGCCCCCCCCCCCCACCCCCCGCGGUGGCCCAGACGGGAUGGAUCUCCUCGGCGGGGCUCGGCUGCGGCCCAUCCUCUUCGGCGUGGCGGUAGGUGGCCGGCCCCGGGGGCCGAAGAACCCCUCCUCUCUGCCGGGACUGAUGAGGAUGGCCCGAAACCCUCCCGCUUUUCACUUUUCUAUACCUGGACUUCGCUGUGAAGGGGGCGGAAGGGAUGGGGGCUCCCGGCCUCUUCCCGGGGCCCGCCGGGCCCGUUGCACACAUGGGGAAGAGGCCCCUCCAAAGGAGAGGAGAGGAGGGGAAAUCUAACCCGGGCACUAACUCUGUUAAUCCCCUUCCCUCCAUCCCACCUGGGGUCCGCCCGGUCCCCCUCGGCCCCAACCCGGGACUGCCGGUGACCGUGUCAAUUGGCCCAAGGCCCCGUCACCCCCACGUUGCCCUAAUUACAUCAGAACUCAGCCCCAACCGGCCGUGGCCUCAUUCGGGACGGGGACGCCGCAGGGGACGGGACGGGAGCCGGUUUUGGGGUGGCGACGGGCUCAGGAGUCGUCGAGGUCAGAGGCGAGCGGGGCCGGGAUGGGAUCGCAGCUCUACCCUUCCCUCCCCGUCCUCGAUUUUUGGCCGAGCGCGUUAACCUCAU